CAGCCAAUCACGUCGCGAUAAGCUACAACCCUCUCGGGGUCGCUUCGCAACAGCGAUUUCCUUGUGUUGUGUUUUCACGAACAACUCGGCUGUUAUAAUAUAGAGAAAACACCAAGGACAGAAUUAUCUACAGGUCUUUUCUCUUGCCUUUUAUACUUUAAUUUUGCGUGUUUAUGUGCCUGUUCGCCUCUUGUUUUACUGAGUACCAGUUCGUGACAGGCGAACUAACUAGCUAGGUGCUGGCUUGCUAGUCAGUUAGCCAGUGUUAAGCUGACUGAACUGAACAUCACAAAAUACGACUGUACGACUCACAUCUGAUCCGAUUCAGAAGAGGAGAAAUGUGGCUCAAAGACAUGUCAUGUUAAUUUGAACACUUUUUCCGUUUCGGAGCAGUUGCUGUUAUUACGCGGCUAAGGUUAGCUAGUUAGCUGACUUAACCAGCUGUCUUGCUGUUGUUGUUGACAUUUAAUAACCGCUAGUUUGUUCUGAUCGGACUGUGUUGGAGAAAUGGGUUCAAUUCUGAGUCGAAGAAUCGCUGGUGUUGAGGACAUCGACAUCCAGGCCAAUUCUGCAUACAGAUAUCCUCCAAAAUCAGGAAACUAUUUUGCCAGCCAUUUUUUCAUGGGAGGAGAGAAGUUUGACACUCCUCAUCCAGAGGGUUACCUUUUUGGGGAGAACAUGGAUCUUAACUUUCUUGGUAACCGCCCAGUGCAGUUUCCCUAUGUUACUCCAGCACCCCAUGAGCCGGUAAAGACAUUGAGAAGUCUUGUCAACAUCAGGAAAGAUUCAUUACGAUUGGUCAGGUAUAAAGAUGAUGCUGAUACACCUACUGAUGAAGGAGCAAAACCAAGGGCCUUAUAUGGAGUGGAGUUCACCUUUGACUCUGAUGCACGAGUGGCCAUCACUAUCUAUUGCCAGGCUUUUGAGGAGUUCUCCAAUGGGAUGGCAAUAUACAGCCCAAAAACUCCUGCACUGGUAUCUGAAACCGUAUAUUACAAAAGAGGGGUUAGCCAGCAGUUUACCCUGCCAUCCUUCAAGAUUGAUUUCUCUGAAUGGAAGGAAGAAGAUCUCAACUUUGAUUUAGACAGAGGUGUUUUCCCCAUGGUGAUUCAGGCUGUUGUUGAUGAAGGAGAUGAUUGUUUGGGACAUGCACAUGUACUGCUGGCAGCAUUUGAAAGACAUGUUGAUGGCAGUUUCUCUGUCAAACCUUUGAAGCAGAAACAAAUAGUGGACCGUGUCAGUUACUUGUUACAGGAGAUUUAUGGAAUUGAGAACAAGAACAAUCAAGAGACAAAGCCAUCUGAUGAUGAGAACAGCGACAACAGCAACGAGUGUGUGGUGUGUCUGUCAGAUCUGCGGGACACUCUGAUUUUGCCCUGUAGGCACUUGUGCCUGUGUAACUCCUGCGCUGAUACUCUACGCUACCAGGCCAACAACUGCCCGAUCUGCCGACUACCGUUUCGAGCUCUUCUUCAGAUUCGAGCUGAGAAAAAGCCUGGAGCGCUUUCUCCCGUUUCCUUCAGCCCAGUGCUGGCUCAGAGCAUGGAUCAUGAUGAGCACUCAAGCUCAGACUCAGUUCCCCCUGGCUUUGAGCCCAUCUCGUUGCUGGAGGCUUUGAAUGGUCUUGAUGCCGUGUCGCCCGGCCUUCCAUCGGCACCUCUGUAUGACGAGAUCAACUUCUCUGGGAGCCUGAGUGGAGAGAGCAGGCAGCUCAGCUCACCUGACCACUCUGGAGACAGUGGCGGACAGAAGAGCAAAGUCAGCAAGUCACCAGACAGCACUCUACGUUCUCCAUCAUCACCCAUUCAGGAGGAGGAUGAAGAAAAACUGUCUGAGAUGUCUGAUGCACAAGCUCACAUGCUGCUUUCCAGCAGUCCCGCCCCCACAGAGGGAACGGCUGGGGAGGACGCCCCUGAUUCACUGUCUCCUGAAGAUGAGGAUCGACUGAAUUUGGAGGAAGAGGUGAUGAAUGACUGCAGCAGUGAGCACAGCAGCUUCACCAAAACUGAAAGUGACACACCUGGGGACCUGUCCCUCCCUGGAUUGUCUGGUUCAACUGAAAGUCUGAACACUCAGAGUACCUGCUGCUCCAGCCAGCCGCUUCUGGGUCCCUCAAGCCAUUUGCACAUGGACGAUGAUGAACUGGAUUAACCCUGCCCAUCUCCUUCUUUGUACAGCCCAAUGUGGGACUUCAAUGCACUCCCAUUUCAGUAUCCCACUUGGAAUAUGAUUGACUCUUUUUUGACUCAGGCCUUUUGUUUUCAAACACAACUGGCUGAGGCUGAUGAGCUUGUUCUGGUGGUUUGUUGUAUUUCUUGUGCUUGGUUUUUAGGGCUGUAUUUUAUCGAGUUGCUUACUUAAAGGGUUAGUUCACCCAAAAAUGAUUCUGUCAUUAAUAAUUGCCCCCACGUUGUUUCAAACCCGUAAGAACUUUGUUUGUCUUCAGAACACACAUUAAGAUAUUUUUAAUGAAAUCGGAGAGCUUUUUGACCCUGCAUCGACAGCAACGCAACUGACACAUUCAAGGCCCAGAAAGGUAAUAAGGACAUUGUUAAAGUAGUCCAUUUGACAUCAGUGGUUUACUGUAAUUUUAUGAAGCUAUGAAAAUACUUUUUGAAAAAAGACUUUAUUUAACAAUUUCUUCUCUUGUCAGUUGUGAGCAUUUUAUUGAGGUCCUUCCUACCUUUCUGGUCCAAGUUAAAUGUGUCGGUUGUAUUGCUGUCUAUGCAGGGUCAGAAAGCUCUCGGAUUUCAUCAAAAAUAUCUUAAUUUGUGUUCAGAAGAUGAACGAAGCUCUUACAGGUUUGGAACGACAUUACAGAAUUUUUGGGUGAAUUAACCCUUUAAAUCACCCAAAAUGAUCAUCGUUAUGUUAUUCCAACUCUGCAUUAUCAUCUUUCUUCGAUGAAUAACUAAAGAAGUUGUGCAGAAUGUCUGUUACAUUCCAUGAAAGUGGAAGCUGAUUUUAAAGUAAAUAAAAAAAACAAUAAAAUAAAAUGAUUAGUCCAUACUACAUAUCAAAUAAUCAAGUUCUCAGAAGCCAUAUGAAAUCCAUCUAAUAAUGUUUCCCCCUAAAUUAAAAAAUGCCUUCAUGAUCUACUUUUAGAGCUUCACUAUCCAUCCUUUCAUGGAAAAAAUAUACAGGGUUAGAAUGAUGAUAAAUAGAUGAUAAUUUUUGGUAGAUAACUGUUGCAGGUGAAAUUCCUGCUGAUUUGUGGAUACACUCUUAAAAUUAAAGUUUUAAUUGGCAUGAAGAACUUUUAACAUCCAAGGAACCUUACCAUUGCACAAAAACUUCUUCAUAGUGGAAAAAAGGUUCUCUAGAUGAUUCAGAUGUUCUUUCAUGAAGAAAAAUCGAUUGUUUUAUGAACUGUUUGCUUUGAGGAACUUCCUCACUUGUGAAAUCCAACUUUUGAAACCUUUAUUUUUAAGAGUGUAGUUGAGGGUGAAGCAGGUAAUUUCAGUGCUUGGUUAUGUAAUGCAUCGAUCCGGGACUUGAUUAUAACUCGAAUAAAUAUAAAACAGCUUGUUAGGAUUAAUAGACAAAGCACAUUUAAAUAAAAACUCAUUUCAGGAUAUCUGUACGAGUAAACAUAAACGUGGUACGUUAACAAAUGAUCAUGUGUUAAACUAAUGAGUGCAUAAUAUAGAAAUAUAAUUGUAACUGUGCAUUUGAAAUGUUUUUAGUAAGUGCUUAAAUGUCCUGAACUUAUUUUUUUGUGUGCUGACUUAAAACGAGCAGUCAGAAAUGCACUCCUGAAUAUAUAUAUUCAUGAUUUCAAAUGUAAUAUUUAUAGUGAUGAUAUACUGUUGGAAAUGGUGGACUUCUUGUCAGUUUAAUGACCAAAUAUUGUGUGGUCUAACAGUGCUUUAAAUGUGCUUGCUUGUUCAGCUAUUUAUGCUCUUAAAGGACUAAAAAAGCCAUGGUGGACUCUCUUUACCUCUUUAUUUGCUUAUGAAUAUUGUUAUAUAACCUUAAAAUACUUCAACAUGUGAAGGCAUUCCUUUCUGUUAUUGAAUCAUUUUAGAGUGGCAACUUUGUGAAUAUUUGAUAGGUUGGUUGUAUUUCUUCACAGCUGGACCUUGUAUUUCUAAGAAAGGAAAGAAGUCACGAGAAGCAUGAAAUCUCAUUGUUCUCCUCAAACAUGCAGAUAUGCAGUGUCUUGUAGCAUUAUGCAAAGAGGUUCAUGUGCCUUUAAAGAACAAAGCAAGUGUUGCUACAGCUUUUGCUCAUAGCUGUGCUGUUCUUGUGUUCAUCGGCUGUAACCUUUAGCCUCGACUGCAUUUAUGCAUUAGAAGAGAGACUGAUGUUCUUGUUUGUAAUGUCAUUUUAAAUUGACUGUGUAGGUCGAAAUGUAUUGCUUAUCCAACUUUUGUAAUGCUGUAAUACUUAACAUGAUUUUUGUUAUAUCAUCUGUUAAUACUGAAUAAGCUGCUCUGUACAUGUAUUUUAAUCAAAUGUAAAAAAAAGAUUCUGAUUAUUGAUGGUGUUGAAUUAAUUGCUUACAGCUCUGCAUGAUAAUAUUUAUGUAAGAUUUAUCACUGCUCUGGAAUAUGCAUAUUAUUUAUUUCCUCAAAUAAUGUGCCAUUUCAAUUAAAUAUUCCACUGUG